CACUUUCAUUCACCAUAUGUGAUUAUCAUUAGUAACAUCAGAAAAAAAAAGUUUUGUCGAUAGAAAAUUGUUUUUGCAUUCAUAAUUCUGAUGAUGAUCAUGAAUAUCAUUCGAAUUGACAAGCAGACACAAACAUUAUGCCGACCACAAGACAAUCGGAAAAUCGAAAUCAAGAAAAUGAACAAAAAUUUUAUCAUCAUCAUCGUAUGAUUGCAAAUGCACGUGAACGUUAUCGUACCGAAUCGGUAAAUAUGGCAUUUCAACGAUUACGUUGUUUAUUACCAACAAUUCCAUCCGAUCGAAAAUUAUCCAAAAUUGAAAUCUUACGUCUAGCUUCAUCAUAUAUACGUCAUUUGAAUAAUAUCUGUAUAGCUAUAUCACAACAAAUAUCGAUAGAAAAUAUUUGUUCACGUUUUGAAUGUUUGGAGAAUUCCCAACAACAACAACGAUCAGUUUGUACAUUUUGUAUAACAACAACAACAACAACU